AUGGCCUCGCGCUACAGCUCGAUCCCCCUAACAACCUCGUGGCCCUCGACAGCCUUCGGAUCAGAAGAUUCUGACAGGUCGAUCGAGGUGGUGGCGCUCAAGGAGAACCUGAAGCUGCAGGGGAGAGUGCGAGAGCUUGAGAGCAAGCUCCAGCAGGCUGAGGUCGACCUACAGCAUGCUCGCGAAAUGAACCGCAGGAGCGCCAACGAGAGUCAGCGGGCAGUAGAGCGGCUCGAGACGGAGGUCCGAGAACUGAAGUUCAAGCUCACCGAGCGAUCGUUUCGGUCCCUUCACAGCAGCCAUCCCAUGAAUGAGGAGCAGGUGCUCCAGUCGGUACCCCAGCACAAUGAGCGGAAGCCAGAGCCCUCCCACAUGUCGCUCGACUACUCCUCUCAGAUCCACGAGCUGCUGCAGGCGCUGGAGAAGGCGCACGAGGAUGCGCUGGAGUGCAGGAAAGAGCUCAAGGACGAGCAGGAUCGCAGCGACGAGCUCCUGUAUCAGCUGGAGCAUGUCAGGGCAACUUGUGCGCAUGAGGUCUUCACUGCCAAGGAGGCAGCAGACGCCGCCAAGAUGAGCCUGGCGAGCAAGUCCGAGGAGCUCCGGAUCCUCCGUGCCAAGCUCGCCUCAUCGGACCAGAGCACUGAGGACGCUACCCGUUCCUUCCAGUCCCUCCUGGCCGCAGCCGAGGAUCGCGCAGCCAAGGCUGAAGAGAAGAUCUGCAAGUUAGAGUCUGUGCUGUCGGCAGCUCGGGACCAGCUGGUGAACACCAACCUCCUCGAUCCUGUUGAGACAGUCAGCUCUGCGAUGCGGCUGCUCGACGAGCAGAAGUCUACGAUCCAAGACCUGACGAGUAAGCUGGCAGAGCAAGAAUCCGUCUGCUUGCAGCUUCGCCAAGAUUGUCUGGAGGCGAAGGAGAACCUGCGGAGGUCGAAUCGAGACUUUCAAGACCUGCAGGAGAAGGACAGCGAGACUUUUCAGGUGCAGGUCAGGAAGAUGCAGGAGGAGAUGCAGGACUUGCUCGGAGAAGCGCUGAAGAGGAACAGAGAGCAGGCGGCAGAGGCCGAGGCCCUGAAGGACAAGCUUCGGAGGGCGACGGAGAAGCUUGAGGAGCGUGAAGAGGAGACUCGUCUCCAGAUGGAGGAGGAGAAGAUUGAGAGCGAAAGGGCUAGGAGGGAGUUCGAGGCGCAAGUGAAAGGGCUUCAUAGCGAGCUAGCGCGGCUGGAGGAGAGCAAACAGAAGGAAAGAGAGAACCUCGUGGAAGCGAUCAAGAGGAUGGAAGAAAAGAAGCAGGAGGACUCGAUGCUGAUCGACGAGCUGAGGAAGAGGAUGGUGGAGCUCCAGCGAGAGAUCGACUCGUUCAAGGCACGAGCGGCCCAGGAGCACGCGAGUCUCUCUGCUGCCGUCGAAUCGACGAUAAAGGAUGCGCAGUUUGCAGAGUCGAACGCACAGAGGGAACUUCGAACUGCCGUCGAAAAGCAUGACAAACUCGUUAAGCGCGCAGAAAAGGCGGAGACGGAGGCGUCAGAGCUGAGGGAAGAGAUCGGGAGACUGCAGGAGAAGCAGAAAGGUCUGAGAGGGGAGCUGGAAGAAGCGAAGAGGAAAGAGAAGGUGGAGGCAGAGCUGAAGGGAAAGACGAUCAGCAGCCUUCGAGAGGCGUUGGGAACGUGUCAAGAGGCGCUGGAGGAAGCGAAGAAAGCUCUGGCAAGCCAGGUCGAUCGUUCGAAGAUGGUAGAGGAGGAGUGGAGCAACCAGUUGAAGGCAAGUCAGUCAGCGUUGAGCCGAAGUGAGGCAGAAGCGAAGAGGAGCAGAGAGAGCUUCAAGGAGAAGGCGGGCAAGCUCGAGGAGGAGCUUGCUGGUGUCAAGAAAGUGCUGGAGGAAGGGAGGAGCUCGAACCUCUUCCUUCAGCGAGAGCUGCAGUCUGCGCAGACGCUCCUGAAGAACGAGCAGUCGUACGUGAAGAAUCUGAAGCAGGAGCAUGACUCGUACGUGGACAAGCUGCGCAAGCAGAUCGCGCAGAUGAAAGAGACGAACGAGAACUUGUGUAAGGUCCUUGAGAAGAAGGAGGAGGAGAUAGGAGAGAGCGAGAAGAAGUACAGGGAGCGAUUGAAGACUUUGCAGAGGGAGAGGGAUAAUGCGGAGGAGAGAUUGGGCCAGUGUGAGUACGACACGAAGAGGAGCCGCGAAGCCGCAGAGGAGCUGGACAGGCGGCUGUCGUCGGUGAAGGAGGAGCUGAAGGAGCGGAUGAAGCUGCACGACAGUCUCGUGAGACAAGUCAAGGAUCUCAAGGUUGAGAACGUCAACCUGAAGGCGAAGAGUCACAGCCAUACGGACGAGCUUGUCAAACUUGUCAAGGAUGAGCCUCAGAUGGAGCGACGAGGUCUGGGCUGCAAGGAGGAGGAGGAGGAGGAGCUGGCACGGGCGAGGCAGGAGCUGAUGGACACAAGACUCGAGUUGCACUCGUCCCAGCAGAACCUGCUGGCAGUGACAAGGCAGCUCAACGAUGCCAAGGAGGAGCUGCUGAAGGCCAAGGUGGAGGCCGAGGAGAGCUGGGGGAAGCGGGUGAAGGAGAGGGAAGCGGAGCUCUCGCACAUGAGGGGGGAGCUGCAGCAGCAGAAGUCAGAGAGCUCGGAGCUGACCCGCAGCUUGAAGAUCGCGCGCGAGGAGUCAGAGACGCUCCGAAAAGCUCUCAAGGCGGUGGAGAAGGAGCUGCAGAAGUCUGCUGGAGCCGAGGAGGAAGCAGCAGAGGGCGUCAAGGGCGAGGUAGUUGAGCCUGUUCUGGAAGAUCUGUUCUCACCUUGCUCGCAGCUGAGAAAGGCAAAGGAGGAAUUGUCGGCGGCCCAGCACAAGCUUUCCCAGCUUGAGGAGGAGGUGGAGGGGCUGCGGGAUGAGAGGAGAAGUUUGCGGGCUGAGCUGGAGGAUCGGAAAGCUGCGGAGGAGAAGCUUCAGUUGGAGCUCGUUGCGCUUGAGCCGCAGGGGACAGCUCUGGACAUGGCGCUUAUGAACAUUUCUGAGCUGGAGAAGAAAGUGACGGAGGUGGAGGAGAGAGAAGAAUACUCCAAGCGCCGGCAGCGGGAGAUAGAGGAGAGGUUCGAGGCCCUCCAGGCCCAGCGGAUGCUCGACAUCCGAAACUCGCAGAAGGUGUUGCAGGAGGCGGAGAAGGAGCUGCAAAAGCUGCAAAAUGAGAGAGAUCAGCUCCGGGCAGAGCUAGAAACUUUGAGGUCUCACUCGUCGCAACCCUCGAAGCGAUCCUCGUUUCCCGAGACCUCGAGAGCCUCUGAAGACGAGGAUCUGGUGGUGGGAGAUCGGGAGAGCCCAGAAGGAGAGACUGGAGUCCCAGCUACAGGAGGCUACGGAUGCCAACCAGGCAGCUCUGCGAUGGCUGCAAGAAGCGGGGAGCCUUCAAGGACGGCCACUGCAACUCUAGGAGCUCUUGCCGUCCUUCUCGGUCUCAGCAAGGACGAGGCGCUCACAUGGGCGGAGCUGAGGGACAAGCUCGGGAAUAACCUGCCAGCCAAGAUGGGCUCGCUGCAGCUCAGCAAGGAAGAAGUUAGAGCGGCGGGGAAGAAAGAGUACAUGGAGAGGACGAAACUCGCCGCAAAGAUCUUCGCUCGGUCGUCUUCCUCGCAGGUAAGGAUGCUGUUGAUGCCGAUGGAACUGAGUUGCAACAGGCCUGGGCUCUAUCAGAGACCUGCGGUCUCGUACACGAGUGGGUCUCAGUCGUUAUCGAUGUGCAGAGACUUCUCUGCGAUGACGCGCAUUGAUGUUUAG